UAUAGCCUUGCUGUGGUUUUUGGUGUUGGUAACCUUGGGAAGUUUGGGUUUAAUUUUGGGAUUCAUCAAUUUUCCUUGUUAUCAGAAAUGAGAAGUAGAGGUGGUCACGUAAAACAUGUUUCGCGCGGGGAUCCCAUGACCACUUCGCAGUACUCUUCUUCUCCUUCAACAAGAGAAAAGAUACCGUCUAAUAUGCGAUCUGUAAACGAGAUGAGUGGUAUCCCUUUAAAUGUGUCAAAGUCUAGAAAGCGACCUGCUGCAGCUGUAGCAAAUCCUGAAAGGUCGUUAAAGGGAAGACAACUAGUGAUAGAUACUCCAUUACAAGCAACCAGUCAUCAAGGGCAACCAAGUUCAAUUCAAGCACAACUGCCAUUGUUGUUGGAUGAUGCAGAACCUCCAAACUGUGGCAGUCAGCGAUCUAUUUUGCGACAACCAUGUGAUGAAGUUGGAAAUCGCUUCAGGAAGUGAUCUUCUUCAGCUUCUCAUCCAAUACUUGCGCAAGGAAGCAGUCCACAAGUGUCUCCUCAACGGCGUAAUCAGUUGGCUCGUAAUGAGCAUGAAUCAACUCCCCGUAGAAGUUCUCGGUUGUCUCGUCGACAACAAACUCAGUUGGAUGAUAAUGAAUCAACUCAACGGCGUACUCAGUUGGCUCGUAAUGAGCAUGAAUCAACUCCCCGUAUAAGUCCUCGGUUCUCUCGUCAACAUCAAACUCAGUUGGCUGAUAAUGAACAUAUAUCACCCAAUUUAAAUCGUUGAUGUUCCUUGCGAGAAGCUUCCAAUUCUUCUUUGAUUGCUGAUUUUUCCCAUCCACCUCUCAAGAGUAAAAUCUCUUCCCUUUUGUCUAUUUGUGUCACAAUUGACACUUAACAUGAUUUUGAUAACUUACUUUGUUGAUAAACUAAAAGUGGAAGUUUUUGAAAAGAGCUUGGUGGGUACAUUCAGGCUUGAAUGUAUUCUAGCGAUAGGAAUGUGGGUGCGCCAAAGUAACAACUUUCCUUUGACUUUGUUUAGAAACAUGCCUGAAGAAAAGAUAUCAAGAGUAUCUAAACUUAUAGGGGUAAUGCUUCAUUAAUUCACUUUUUCUUCUUCCAUGGAAUUUUUUAAUCGCUGGUUACUGUUUAACAAAUUAUUUUUUGUUAUAGGAUUAUUAUAUCUUAGUACCUGAUGAUGCAAACGCCGAACACAGAUGAGGCUGGCUUACGUGAGAUAUCGAUCUGAGUUGGCUAAGUACUACAGAUCUUUUGAUAGUCACGAGGAAGCUUUGUUACAUCCAUCUCCAAGAAUCCGCAAUGUUGAUGAUUGGGCUUUUAUGUGUGUUUUCUUUAACACUGAUGUGAAG